AUGAAGAUGCAAGGUUUUGUCAAGAUCUUAGCGAGUAUGAACGACAAGAAUCCAGCAUGGGGAAAUGCGUUGCUCCGUAUCGGAGACAUUCUGCAAUACCACCCUGUGGGGAUCACGUCCCGUCGCUCCCAGUCGCUGUCGUUCCAGAAGGGUUACCUUCCUAUCCUCGAGUACCUCGCGUCGAACCUGGUAUUGAAGACAACUCGUCGGAAGAACAUCAUUUCUCUUUAUACCGUGGUCGAGAACAACUAUGAAGCCAUUCACAAGGUGAUUGAUGAAUGCGUAGGAGGCAUGAUAGAAGCGAAGUCGUGGAAAGAUCCCGCGGCCCUCUCUCCCCGUGACGAUAUCGACGGUGUACUCAUUUUCAGAACAUUAACGACUGUUUUGUUCCAACUGUUCACUCUCUUCAAAGACGUAGUGCGCAACCACCGCGGCGUUGCUCAACUCGUUAAUGACGUCAUCGUCUGGUUCGAGACGUGGUCUCAGGAUGUAUCCGCAGACCCGCCAUGCUUCCAGGAUAUUCUCACAGAUUUACCUCCGAAAGCGCGAGCGUCGUCUAUCGCGCGACUCAGGGAGGAGGUUACACGCCUCCACGACAUUGUCCAACGGGAGUCGGAUGCAAUCGAGCGGAAGACACGGCCGCAGGCAGUGAGGGCACGAGUCCUCAACCAGCCGACGCGAGGGCUCAACCCGCAGCUUGUUCUCGCAUAUGAUCCUCCCGGGAAUCUGCGCUCAGAGGGUCCCCGCCACGACAACGAUGCCGCCGAUAUACGGGACAUUCGUAUUCCUCCGACGAACGAUGAGUUGCUCUGCGCUGUCCACCCGUACCUGCCACCAUUCCGUCCCGAUGCUCCACACCAUCUUCGCGCUGACUCCAUGGCACGACACGUGGACAUUCUAUUUAGGCUAUUGCGUGAAGAGCUCAUCUCAACUAUGCGAUCUUCGAUACGAGAACUCCAGUCGGAUCUGACAACGAUGUGGCAGAUGAAUAAUCGUGACAGAGAACAGACGGCGCUGGAGAGAAUCCUGGCAAGCAGAGGUGGCGUGUAUCGCUCGACUGGCCCCGACUCUGCGUUCUUCCAAGUUUAUACUGGCGUGUCCUUUGCGGACGUUCGUACUGAGCGUCAGACUGUGACUGUGGGCCUGGUUGUUGAUACUCCCGAUCACCUGGAUGCACGGAGUCACGAAGCGUCCACGCGAUACCAAUAUUGGCAAUACAGCAAGAGGCUGCAAAGCGGUAACCUAGUCGCCCUUCUCAUAGUCGAACAAAGCACGCUAGCCAUCUACCUGGGCGUCCUCGCUUCUACCAACGUGUCCAUCGCCAAAUCCGCUCAAGAAAGCGCUCACACAAUCCAAAUCCGCGUUUCAUUUUUCGAAGCCGAGGUUCAACUCAGAGCGUUGAGACGAGAGAACCUCUCUGUUGGCGACUCUACAUUCGCAUUUUUGAUUGACAACAGUGUCAUGUUCGAAGCAGCGCGUCCUUUUUUGCAUAGACUGCAGACCAUCGAGCCGACAGAGAUCCCAUUCGCACGCUACAUCGCCCAUACCAACUCUCUCGACGCAAUCGAGUCACGUCCACCCCGCUACGCGACUACUCCUGGAUUUGAAUUCAAGUUGAGCUGUCUCGAGAAACCUGGCUACGGAGAGCGCAUAGAUGACCUCAAUAUAUUUGUCGCGGGGGCAACGGACGUAGCGCGCCAACAACUUAUGGAAUCAAGUGAAUUGGACAGCUUUGUUGGAAAAGAGAUCGUGCGUGUCCUUAUUGCAAGUGGCAUAAAGCCUAUCGUAUUGGUUGCGUUUACCAACCAUGCCCUCGAUCACCUUCUGGCGGAAAUAUUGGACGCUAAUAUCACAACGGAUUUCGUCAGGAUAGGAUCACGCGUAUCCGAUGAACGUCUUACCCCGUACACACUCGAUCAUCUGGAAGACGUCGGGGACCAAUCCAUGGAACAUUCAGUCAUGCAACAGUAUCGGAGCGUACAGUCCAUGCAGCAGGAUUUGGAGGAUACUAUGCGGUCUAUCCAGCUCCCUGAUCUGAAUUGGCGCGACAUCAGCAGCUUCCUCGAUAUUCAUUACCCAGAACAUGCAGAGAGCUUCUUCUUCCCGCCCUCGUGGAUCGCAGGACUUUUUCAGGCUAUAAGCAAAGAUGAAGAGGAAAACGACUCGUUAUCGCCGACAAUAUACGGCUUCUGGCGCAGAGGACUGGAUAUGAGCUUUGUCUCACAGGCCAAUUCCGAGAGCCAGGGACAGAACUAUUCUCCUUCGUCUGCUUCAUUGUCUAAACAUACUUCUGCGCGCGACGUUUUGGCUGGCUAUGGGUACACUAGCCGCCUGCCAUAUAUCCCAAUAACGGCUCGCCCUAUCCUCCAACUACAAGAAUCCAACUCGAGCAAUGUGUGGUCUAUGUCCCAUGACGAACGACACAGACUCUCUGCGGAAUGGGAACAAUGCAUCCGCCAGUCAGCAUACAAAUCACAUGUCGAUGAGUAUGAACGUUUAGUUGAAGGCUAUCAGAUGGAGUGGCAAAUAUACAAUGACACGCGAAAUGAUCCUGUUUCGCCCAAAGUCCUUAUAGUUGAAGAGGCUGGGCAAGUACUGGAAGCGCAUACCAUAUCUUGUCUUCCACCAUCAGUAGAGCAGCUGAUCUGCAUCGGGGAUCCUCGCCAGCUGCGUCCAAAUCUAGCCACAUUUACGCUAUCGACUGACAAUGAACGCGGCAAUAAACUGUUUAAAUUUGACAGAUCGUUGAUGGAACGACUAGCAGAUGAUGGUCUUCCUAUGUCAAUCUUGCAGAAGCAACGGAGAAUGAGGCCUACUAUCUCCCACUUGAUCCGAACGAUUCUCUACCCUGAACUUGAGGAUCACGGAGCCGUACAUGCAUACCCCUCAGUGCAAGGGAUGCGGAAAGACGUCUUCUUUUGCAGCCAUACCAACAAAGAAAACGGCGUGGAAGAAUCGGUAUCCAAGUACAACGAAUUUGAGGUGGAGAUGAUACGUGAUCUCGUGCUCUACUUCUUGAAGCAAGGCAUAUACAAUGGUGCAGGAGAUAUCGCCGUCUUGUGCGCGUACCUAGGCCAAGUGCAACGGGUAUCGGUCUCUCUUGAUCAGCGAGACAAAGAGCAGCUUGUGCAGCUGGGAAUCGAUGAAGGUCACGAAUUUGACAGGGUUGCCGUCGGCACGCACGUCCGCCUUGGUACAGUCGACGUCUUUCAAGGACAGGAAGCCAAAAUCGUUAUUGUCUCCUUAGUACGAAACUCGGGUACAACAGAGACCCAAUCAGCGUCCAUCGGUUUCCUCAAGAGCGCAAACCGCAUCAAUGUUGCGCUAUCCAGGGCCAAGCACGGGCUCUACAUUCUUGGCAAUGCCGCGAACCUUCGCAAGAACGAGACGUGGUCGAAGAUCAUCGACGAAAUGGAUGCACGGGAGCAGAUUGGACUUGGAUUUCCCAUUGUUUGUCCACGCCAUCCCGAGCAAACACAGAUGGUGUCGAAGCCUGGCGAAUUAAGCCGCUUUGCACCUGGAGGAGGUUGUCUGCUUCCGUGCGAGUAUCGCCUGCCAUGUGGCCACAACUGUCCGUCCUCCACAACCAUCGCAACACAAGGUGUUACGAUUCUUGCAACCAAAUUACCUGCUCGCGUCGUCAUCCUUGCUCACGGCGAUGCUGGGAAGACUGUGGUAGCUGCGAAUUUCCUAUGUAUAAUAUCACAUUGCCAUGCGGACACGUCCAGGACAGAGUUCCAUGGCCAAAGUACGAAGAUCUCUUCCACGCUGCGAACAUAUAGCAGAAAUGGCGUGCUACCAAGAUCCCAAAUCCAUUCGAUGCAAGGAGCCGUGCAGCGGCGCUCUGACAUGCUGCUCCAAGACCUGCAAGUCUGCAUGCUACCGCUGCCAGAUGGAGACCGCUGGACCCACAUUGGAAACAACGCAAACGCGGAUCGAUCACCACUGCAACUCCUCGUGCAAGGAGGCCUGCCGACAGCAAUGCGUGCAUCACAAGUGCCCGAAGCCUUGCUCAGAGCCUUGUGCGCCGUGCAUGGAGCCGUGUCCGUGGACAUGCGCCCACCAUUCGUGUCCUGUUGUCUGCGGCUCGAUCUGUGCGCGUCUACCCUGCGACGAGCCGUGUACGAACACGCUCCCAUGUGGACAUCCUUGUCCGUCGGCCGCAAGCAGGAUAUCGUGGACUUUAUCAUGCAGCGUCAGUUGAAGGAAGUCGACCUGGAAUCGAGCGAUAUCAGCGAGCGAUUGAUCAGGCUGGGAUGCGGACAUAUGUUCACUGUGGAGACGCUGGAUGGACACUGCAAGAUGUCUGAAUACUACGAGAUGGACGACAUGGGCCAGUUUGUGGCGACGAAGGCGCCGCCAAUCAGCUACCAGACCCCUCCGACAUGUCCGACAUGCCGCGGGCCUAUCGAUGCACUACGAUACGGGCGUGUCACGAAACGUGCGACGCUCGAUAUCCUGGAACAGAACGUCGCCAGCCGUAUGUCCAAAGCGUUGGACGAGGCCUCCGGAAACUUGGAGCAACUGUCAUCGCGUCUUGAGGGCAUGCGGAAUGCUGCGAAGAAAUUGCGAGCGUCCAAGUUUGCUCAUAGUAGCCCGCUCUCAGCCCGUACAGCCGCUGGUAAGCCGGGCGAACCGCUCGACCCCAGCCUCCUCACCUCUGCUGCAAUGCAUAACACGCAUGGGUUCUUCCAGUCUGAAGCAGACGCGUGGUUGGAUAUAGUCGGUGAUAUUGUCCGCGUGUAUGAAAACAUUGUAGGCGUGGCGAACAUCCGAGGAGCUCACGUCAGAGCGUACGACGCGGCCCUCGCUACGCUCUACCGCCUAGAGAUGGAUGCUAUUGCGCAAGAUCCUGAGCGCACAUCGCUCGGUGCUCCCGAGCCCCUGGCGAUGGAGACAGCAAGGGAAAGGAUCGGCCAGCCGCCGUACCAGGCGGACAAACGCUUCCAGGUCGAGGCAUACAUCCUUUCUCUCGAGGCUCGCUUCAUGCUCGCACAGGUGGCGGAGAGCCGGGUGCAGGGUCUCCCACUGAUAAAUACCACGUCGCUCGCGGGGCAGUACAGACAACAGUGGUUCUCCUUCCUCGAGUUCAUUCUGGAGUCCUGUGUCGCUGAUGCGCGCAAAGCACUGAGCAUUGCCCAGGAGUCUUCAGCGUCCCGCCAGGCCGCUCGAUGCGCCAUCUGCGUUUUGCGCUCGGAAUUCGAGUUGCACCGUACUAGGAUACUAGCACAACGAGCCGAGUUGAUGAGGCGCGGCGAGUACAGCGAGGUCACACGUGCCACCCUAGCAGACGAAGCGGAACUGGACUCGGAGAGCCGGGAGUAUAUGGGCAAACGUCGUUCGCACAACGUUGAGGAGAUGAGAUGGUUCGAGGACAACUGCGCGCGAAAGGUCAAGCGCUGGCAGGAGGAAUGUGACGAGCUCGCGAAGUAUCUGGUGGGCGACACCUCGUACGAGCCGUUGUCGCUGCAAGAGAAAGAAGAUAUCGUGAAGGCAUUUAAUUUCUCCCACAGAGGUCAUUUUUACAACUGCGAGAACGGACACACAUUCGUGAUCGGAGAGUGUGGCGGAGCCACGCAGUCUGCAAGGUGUCCGGAGUGCAACGCCCCUAUCGGCGGAACCAAUCAUCAAGUGCACAACGCAAACACCAGAGCGCGAGAUUUCGAGCAGAUCGCAGGGGAGCAGGGCGCAAUGCCGGGGGCGUUUGCUUGGACAAGAGAUGCGUAA